AUGGAAGCCCAGCUACUGCAGCUGGACGAUGACGACGACCUCGAGGUUGGCCGGCCAUCCUCCAGCUCUGCGCCGCGCCGCCCGCUGCCUUUUGCUCCAGCUCUGCGCCGCGCCGUCGACCGCAUGGGUUGCCCUCGACCUCGAGAGGGAUCUGCUGUCGCGAUUGUGUUCAUGGCCUUGCUCUUCCUCCUAGCUGGCCAAGCUGGAGUGUCUUGUCAUCCGUCUCCCACCGUAGCGACGAAGCAUCAUCAGGCAGUGCACGUCCGCAAGCUGCUCAACAACACCAGCACCGGCGGCGGUAACUCUCGCGGAGCUGCUGCUGUGGCGUACGCGGCAUCGGCGGACCUCUGCUCGGAGGAGGUGGUGGAGGUGUCCCAGGACAACGCGGGUAGCCUGCCCAACGGCGUCCCGUCCUACAGCGUGACCAUCACCAACACGUGCCUGGACUGUACCGUGCGUGGCGUCCAUGUCUCCUGCGGUGAGUUUGCCUCCACGGAGCUCGUCGACCCCAGCGAUUUCCGGCGCCUCUCGUACGGCGACUGCCUAGUCAGGAACGGUGGACCUAUCGGCCCUGGCGAGACCAUCUCCUUCGAGUACUCCAACUCUUUCAUUUACAAAAUGGAAGUCGCGACGGUCUCAUGCGCCGACAUAUAG